AGUAACAUGAUUUGUAUAUUAAAAGGUUGUGGGAGGUUAUUUUGUGCUGGUUUCUUUUUCUUUUUACUCGGAGUUGAAUUUGCUGUCAUUCUACCGACAUUAAAUGAAUAUCUUAUAUACUUGGAUGGACCUACUGCCUUUUUUGGAAUUACUAUCUCAGCUUUCAGUUUUACGGGAUUAAUAUCAUCACCGGUAUAUGGACGAAUAGCUGAUAAAACUAACGCAAAUAAACUGUGCGCCAUUGUUAGCUGUUUAUUUGGGAUUGUGGGAAACUUUCUUUACUUCGUGGGCAGAGACUAUCGACUAUUAUUGGGUGCAAGACUUAUAACCGGACUCGGAAAUGGAGCAAGUUCGUCGUACCUCGGCAUGGUUGUAAGGACGACAACGACAAAACAGAGAACUGGAGUAAUAACGUUAGUCGUAUUCAUGCGGGAAAUAGGUGUCAUUAUUGGGCCUGGUUUCAAUUUGAUAUUGAGUCGAAUAAAUUUCAAACUUGGCCCGUUUGCUGUGGAUCAAUUCUCUUCUCCUGGACUUCUUCUGGCUAUUAUGUGGGUAUUACACACAUUGUUUGUGUUAGCCCUAUUUAGGGAUGUUUCUGAAGACUAUGGGGAUAAAGAAAUAGACAUUAAUGACCCCGUACAGAAGCAUGAUGACCCUUCGCACAAAACUGUUGUUCUUAAAACGACGUCGGAAAUUCAGAAACUAAAAAGUUUUCGAGAGGAAUUUUUUCGAAAGGAAAUUCUUGUUUGCCUUUUGCUAAACUUCAGCGCAUGGGCGGCCGUCACUUGUUUCGAAUCAGCAACAACACCAAUGAGUUUGCUCUUUUUCGGCUGGGGAGGAGUUAGCAAUAGUCUUAUGUUUUGCGCUGGUGCUAUUACAGUUUGUAUAUCAUAUGCUGUAAUUGGUAUUUGUAACCGAAAAGUCACCGACAGGGUAAUUUUGCUGAUGGGAUGCUCAGUCGCAUUAGUUUCCUAUCUAAUCCUCAACGUCUAUUCUAUCGUAUUAUUUCUCCAAGAAGCUGUUGGCAACGUUCAAUGGCUUUUGCCAGUAUUUUGGACUGAUUGGAUUAUUUUGAUAAUAUCAUUUCCGCUUAUGAAUAUUUCCAUAAUUUCACUUUAUUCAAAGAUAACUUCCAUCGAAACACAAAGUUUCAAUCAGGGAGCAUUAUUAAUGUUUGCUGGCGCUGGUAGAAUCGUUGGCCCACUGUUGUCAACCUCAAUGGUAACUAUUGAGCGUUUGCCUAUUCUGAGUGGCGUGGUACUUUUUUUAUUGCUUGUGUCACUGAUUGUAUUGUGUUUUACAUAUAAAAAACUUGUCCCCGUCAAAACAUCGACUCAGAUGAAUGAUUCAACCCCCGAUAAAAGUCUAAAUGUGGACGAAAAAACGUCUUUGUUGAAAGAGGUCGAUUAAUAAUGUUUCUGUGGAAAGUUUUAAGAUACUAAAAAGACUACCUUUCGGCAAUACCUGAUGCCCUUAAAAUAACAAGACAAUAUACGCCGCGAUUGCAUGACUAAUGAUUUUCAACUUAAACCUUAAUCAAUUUUAUUAUAAUAUAACGUUAAUCAUAAAAUUCGUGCAUCUGUGCCAAAUAUGGAUGCAGAACGGAAUGUAAUACUGCAUUUUAAACAUUUUAUACAAACAAUAUUUUUGUGGCAAUUUCGAUGUGUAGUUGUUUAGAAGUCAAGCUUGUCUUUAAAGCAAUCGAAUGUUAUUUAUUCUCGUCAAGUUUAUUGCUUUCGUAUGACGCUUAGUUUAGUACAUUUUGUACGGCCCAUACAUGAAGCUGCUUAGUUGCGUCUGUAUAGGAUUUCAAUAAGUUGACUGGACAUAACACAAACAUAUUCAGCAAACCUUUCUACAGUAUGGCAAAAAUUUAUAAUGCAAUCGGCACUAGCGAGAUCCUUCUUCGACACUUUCCGAUCUAAAUUUGCCUUUUCAUCAAUAUAUGUUUUCUGGUCAAUAAUAUGUGUUUGGAGUUUUAUUGUGAUUUCAGCAAAAUAACCCUCUUUCUUUGUUUAGUAUAAUAUUUAAUAAAGAAAAAAUAGUUAUUAUCGAAAAUACUUUUGUUGUUUAUGUAUUUUCAUCAGCACAACAUAUUUGUUUCACACUGUAUAUUAUGAAUUAUAUUCUUAAAUAAACCGAACUCUCCAAGGGUUGAGAACCAUGA